CCCCUGACCUCUACAGUCGCCAUCCUCGUCGAAACUGAAGUCCCCGCUCCCUAAAAUGAAACCCUCAUCCCGUGAAGUUUGCGGCUUCGCGUUCGUUAAUCCGAUCAAUUGUCGGUAGCUUCUACAUCACGGGGUAACCGAUCGGUUUGUGACUCUGCUGGCGCGGAAUACGGCGGCAAGCCUCCGUCAACGGUGAUCGAAUUAAGGUGUAUUCAUGUUUCUUGUUCCGGUCUUUCUUAUUUGUUUCUGAUCCCUUUUCAAUUUCCUAUUUUAGGGUAGAACUGAAUUGAUCAGAUAGAAAAGCGAUGAGCAUCCACUGCACUUGCUGCGAGUUGGGGAAAAUGGGAAAUGGGCGUAGUGGGGAAGAAGAUACUACCACUGACAGGUUAAGCCAUCUUCCGGAACCCAUUCUUCAUCACAUCCUUUCGUUCCUCGACACCAAAUCCGCGGUCCAGACCUCGGUGUUGUCUCGGGCAUGGAACCGCGUGUGGAAACACGUCCCAGUCCUCGAUCUGCGCCGACUGUCCUUCCUGGAGUAUGAGAGUUUCCAAUGGUUUGUGUCUAUGGUUUUGGACCUCCGCUAUCCACUUAGCCUCCGCAAGCUGAGCUACCUUGACAACUGUGAGAGGUGUAAGUUUAACAUUGACGAGGAAAGCGACUCAUUUAUCUCGGAGUUUCGAGAUGUUGGUAUGUGCAUCGACGUCAUCCAAUAUGCUUUAUACUAUGAUGCUCAACAUUUACUGAUUGACCUGGACAAUGAGUUUAAGGAUUUCCAUCAGAGUGACAAAUUUACGGAUUUGUUCGGCACGAUCUCGAAUUGCAACCUCAAAACUCUAGAACUGAAAUAUGUCUGCAUCAAUGACGGUCUUGGAUCUUGUGGUUUUCGGGUGCUGACAACUUUAGAUUUGCAACUUUGCUCUCUGGCUUCUGAUCAAUAUGAGGACUUUUUUUCGAACUUCCCCUCGCUGGAGCAUUUGAUCCUGAUUGUUUGCCAACCUUGGGACUACUCCAACUCUAUCGAGGAUGAUAGGGGUCUUAGGAUAUCUGGAGCCCGAUUGCUUAGCCUGAAAUUGAACUUCAUGGUGUGUUACAAGAUGGAAAUUUUUGCACCAAGACUCAGAUUCUUCAGUCUUCUGCAUGACUUGGAAUCCCUGGUAUUCAUGAAGUUAAGCAUUCCUUCCCUUUAUCAUGCUGCUAUCGCCGUCGAGGAUUGGGCCAAUUUCACCAAGGACAACAGGGAAUGCGGGGCACAACGCUUCAUCUCCUUGUUCCAGGGUUUGAAUAAUGUAACUUAUCUCAGCCUGGAUAGCGUCACCCUCAAGGCACUGAGUAAAAUUUCCGACUUUCUGGAACGACAACAAUCCUCUCCCUUUACGAAGUUGAAAUCCUUGAUCUUGAAGACUAUUGGUGGACGAAAGAGAGUAUCUGAUGAACUGGUAAAUUACUUUAUUAAAGGGUCGUCUAGUAUGAACCCCAGCGUUGAGUGUAUCUGGCCCUGUCGCGAACCAUUCUGCCAUGGUUGCUGAUUGUGGUACGCAAAUAGGUUGGAGUUUCUUUAUUUUCAGAUCAUUUUCCAGUAGGCAGUAGUUCAUGAAUUUUUCAAGUAGUUCGCAAGAGCUGCUCAACUUGUUUUGAUUGAAAUGUAUACCAUUUUGUCUGAUUGGCGACAUUGUAAGCUCUGUUCUUGUCUGCUUGAGUGGGACUUAUGAAGACAGUGC